AUGCACCAUAAUAUAGGAUGCCAACCGCCGAUAAACCCCACCAAAGAAGACGGAAUACUGCUUCGUGAUUCCAACGCAUACCUCGGAGCUCCGGUAUCAAAUCCUGAACUGCAGCCCGGAGUUUCAGGAUAAGACGGUGAACGUGCAGUGUUUGAUUUCGGACAAGUUUCUGAUCAAAACAGUCAUGUAAGUUUGUUACGACUAAACUUCAACGUUGGUCUGCGCUGUCCACUGGAGAUGUUACUGUGGGUGUUAGGGGUGUUGCUGCUGCUGUUCUCCAGUCUGGAUGUGUGGUACUUCGUGCGUGCGGCGGUCACGGUGGUCAGGGCCUGGUUCCAGAAGCCGGUGUGGGACGUCCUGGGGGAACAGAGUGUGUCGGGACGCGUCCUGCUUCACGAUAUCGACCUGGGACACAUGAACAAUGCCCGAUACGUCCGGGAGUGUGACUUCGCCAGGUUCUCCCUGUACAGUCGUAACGGGGUGUUUAAAGCCUGCAGAGCCCUGAGGGCCACCAUGGUGGUGGGGGCCACUACUAUCCGCCUGCGCCGGGCCCUGUGCCUGGGGGAAGCAUUUGAGCUGCGCACCAGAAUCGUGGUCUGGGACGAGAAGGCCUUUUACCUAGAGCAGCGUUUCGUCUCCUGCAGGGACGGUCUGGUGGCAGCUGUCAUGUUGUGUAAACAGAACGUCAUGCGCAGCAGUCCUGACAAGAUCCUACAGUUCCUCUGCAAGAGAAAAGUGGAGUGUCCCGACUACCCUGAGGAUCUACAGCACUGGAUCAGCUUCAUCUCAGCCAGCAGCCAGGCCCUGAGAGCCCAGAGUGGUCUAGAGGACAAGACUGGACCGCAGGAAGACAAAGACAAGUGAUUGAGUGCUGUGCUGUUGUCGACGAUAUGGGAGCAUGAAGGCUCUCUCUGACAGAUCUGGGGUGUAUUCAUUAGUGUCGACUGUAGGAAAACGUUUCUCAUUUGAAAAUAAGAGUUACUAUUAGAUUAAUGUAGGUAGGUUUGUUCCGUUUGGUUCCUAGUGAAUACACCCAAGCUUCAGACUGCUGGACGCUCUAUCUCUUCCACUCUGACCUCCUGCUGACUAAGGCUGCGUUUACACAGGCAGCCCAAUUCUAAUCUUUUUUGCCACUAAUUGGUCUUUUGACCAAUCAGAUCAGGUAUUUUGCCACUAAUUGGUCUUUGGACCAAUCAUAUAUUUUCACAUCAGAAAUUUUUUUCAGAGCUGAUCAGAUUUGGGCUGCCUGUGUAAACACAGCCCAUGAGACUUCACUUCACUGGUGCCUUCUCUCUUCUAGGCCCAGUCCCAAAUGGACCAUAUGCCAUAUGUACUUGUGGAGAUUUGAGAGAAUUUGAUUGGUAUAAGCGAUACGGUGAAACUUCUACCGAGCCUAUCAAAGUGGAAGUUGGAUCCAUUUCCAUAUCGAUUGCAUCUGACCAAUCAUCUCACAUCUGUACUAGGGCAUAGGGUCCGUUGUGGGACUGGACCUAGAGUCAAAUAGGACAGACCUGUCUAUGGACCCUCUGCUGUAUCCUGGAUACUCCUUGUGGAGGGUGGCAUGCACAACGGUCUGUUACUACUGACCAUUCCAUAUAGGAAUUGGAACAUAGGAAUCUAUAGGAAAGAGGUCAAAUGAAUUCAUCUAUAUUUUCUAUGUUGUAAAAUAAAAAUCAAUUGAUUUGA